GUGUAUGAUGUUUUGUUCAUUCAGUAAAGCCCUACUCUUACAUUCUUCAUCAGAUUUGGUGAAAGAAAUCAAUACACUCGAGGUUAAAAUAAUACAUUUGGAACGGUAUCUUCUUUCUAUGUAUCGUACUUCUUUCCAGAAAACUAUCCCGAGUAAUCUGGGACACCGUGGAAGCCACAUACAACAAAUGACUGGAAUACAACCAUUGCUAACAUCUGACCUAUCAUCCCGGAGAACAAUGUCAGAAGUGUCCAAAGGCUAUUGUGAACAUCAACGAUGUUCGUCCCCAACAAGUGCUUUAACUGGCCCAAAUGAUACGGUUCCAUUCACUACUCCAAAGUCAUCAUUUGCAAGGGAAAGGAAGAGUGCUUAUUAUAGACGGCGUAGCCUUGUAGACCAUCUUGGAAUAUUUUGUGUUGGUGAUGCCUGCAUUUUCCCGGAUAAGCUAUCUGAAGACAUUUUAAGAUGUAUAUCUGACAUUUACUGCAAAGUGGGCAACUCUGCACGAAGCCAUAAAGGCUAUUCAGUUAUCAUCGAAUUCAUCAUUCUGCUCCUCGGGCACAUUUUCUCCCAGAAACUUAUCUGGCAGUUGGAGUCCUCAAUGUCAUGA